GUCUCAAAAAAAGUGUCAGCAAACUCUCUAAUUCAUAUAAAAUAAAAUAGGAAAUAUCAUAAUUUAUCAACAUUUCUACCCCUAUACAGUAUUACCCUAAAAAUUUACAUUAGUAUCAAAUAAUGUUCAGUGAAAUUCAGGUGCAGAAAAAAAAAAAUUGUUGGAAAGCUAAUUUAAAAAAUAACACAUUUACUACCGUAGUUUAAUAAUUUUGUAGAUGUAUUAUUUGUGGGAUAGUACUGUUAUAAAAAGUUGUAAGGAUUCUCUUAUUUAUAAACAGACCUGAGUAGGGAUUAUGAUUUUUUUAGUCCAAAAUUUACCUACAUUUAUAUGUAGGUAAACAAAUAUGUUAAGUUAAUUUAUUUCAGUAAUUGGACUCAAAAGGUGAAAAUCUUAAGUAGGUCCUUUACACAUGAAGGGAUUUAUUUGAAGCAUUUAUUUCGGUAAAUUUUGAUAAAUGGACUUAUAGCUAAUAAAACCUCAAAAUUAGCUUUGUCACAAAAAUAAGAGACCAAUUAAAAGAAUAAACAUUUGUACAGAAAUAUGACUUUAUGGUUUAGAUAUUUGGAGUAAGGACUAGUGACCUGUCCAGUAGACCAUUCACUCUUGCCAAAUUGGCAACUUUGUCGCUAAAUUUAAUAAUUUUUCAGCAACUGCAAGCGACUUUUUCUUCAAAAAAGUGACUAGCGACAAAUGCAGAGACUUUCUUCUGUGUUUUGGGAGACUUUAGCAUUUAGAUUUCAGUGUGUGAGGGGGUGUGAAUGCCGAAGAAAAUAAAUAUGUAAUGUACUCUGAUUGCUUUGCUCUUUCCUAUAGUGUUGGCACUCCGUGGAAGAGCACAGAGUUAUACAGCUUUAUAUUGAAUAAUACGCUGUUCAUGUGCUACAAGUGCAACAGCUCUUUCUCCACAACCGCAGAGCUCAGCCAGCACCAACCUACACAUUUUACCGAAGAAAAGCCAUUUUCCUGCUCCCUCUGCCAGGAAAGAUUCAGCACGUUUACCGAGCUGAACCAACACAGACGGAAGGAUUGCGGGGAGCGGCGUUUUCUUUGCGUUGACUGCGGCGCCAGGUUCCCCGUUCCCUUUCGACUCCGCAAACAUCGCAUUGCAAUGCAUCCCGAGAAAGAGGCUGCAGCUGAAGACAUUGACAUGUUUCAGUGCUGUAAAUGUGGCGUUGUUUUCCAGACAGAAGACGAGCUCCUGCAGCAUCAGGAGGAAACCGCUGACUGCGAUCUUGAGGAGUCACGAGGCAAAAAGCGGGCCUGUGAACCUACGCCCGUUUCCCAAGAGGUGGAAGUUGAUAAGAAAAUCAAGCAAGAAGACGUUGCAAAAGAAUACCCUGACUCGACUUCGUCUGUGGAGUGUAAAAUUCCCUGUCCUGAAGACGACUGUAAUUGUAUGUUUGCCACAGUUGAAGCCUUGCGAGCUCACAAAAAAGACCUCCAUCGCCCUCGCCCUCUGAAAGCUCUCAGCUCUGAAUACUCCUGCCUUACCUGCGGGAAGAGCUUUGCAAGAGAAAGUACUCUAAAGGCUCAUCAAACCUCCCAUUUUAAGACAGAGAAGUCUAUUGCAAAGAGAUGAUACAGAAGGAGAAAACUUCCUCCUUUGGUGUCGCAUCAUAAUGUCAUUCACGUUGCUUGGUGAAGGAUUUCAGCAUGAUAUGUUAGAAUAAGUUUGUGAAGCAGAAUUAUGGCUCACAUUGCCGAUUGUUUCAGGAAUGUUAUUUAUUUUUUCAUUUUAACCUGGGUUCGUACAAGUACUUGAAGUCCUUGAAGUCCUUGAAAAUGCUUGAAUUUCAAUUAGAUGCAAGGUUUUCCCCUGAAAACUUGCUAAGCCCGGUGGUUGGGGGCUUGGGCAGUUAUUCAUCCAGCAACCCGUCGUGUUCUUGAGUUAAAAAAUGUUUAAACUUGACAGGAAAUUUGAAAAUAUCACUUGAUAAUUAUGUGUUAUUAAAAGAUUAGAAGAUUAAAGUCUUAAAAAAUGUGAACAUUUUAAAAAGUCUUUAAAAAAUAAGCAAGGGUUAGCCUGGCGGGGCCACAAAUAAAGCCUGGUGGCCCACCGGGCUCAUAAUACAUUGGGGAAAACCUUAGGUGUUUUCAAGGUUUGGAAAGUGCUUCAUUUCUGUAAAAGAAAUAAAAUUUAAGAAUCCUUAAAAUUGCUUAUUCUAUUCGCACAGUUUUGUAAUAAACAAUUAGGAGAAAAGACUCCUUAACUGAAAGUCAAGUGAUUAUUUAUGUCGUGUCUGAGCAUUUAGUUUUAGCAAACCAAUGUGUUCAAUGUAAUGAAUAUGUAUUACUUAUGUAAUGGCCCAAUAAUUGAAAUAAAUUUGGUAUUUUAUUUGUGUUCUUGAAAUUGGGGGAUUUAUUUUCUUAAAUUUGUGUUUUGUUCUAAGACCUAUCAGCUGUCUCAGAAAGAAUUUUCAAAAUAUAAAAUUUAGUUUAAUUUAUUUUGUCCCUUACAUAUAGGAAACUGUCACAAAACCUUACUCAUAGCGGUAAUAAAUUAUGCCAUAUAAUAGUGAAUUAGAACUGUCUUUAAUCCAUUUGUAUUGUUUUGUUGGAAAAGUUUGAAAGCUUAUCUUGAAAAUGUCUGAAAAGUGCUUGAAUUUUGUUGUUGGAAAAGUGUACGAACCCUGUUUAACAAAAUACCCUACUCUGAAAACCUACCCUUCUGUGUGUAAAUAAUCAGGAUUUAUUUUUACAAAGCAACAAUCUCACAAAAGUCACUGUUCAUGUUGCCUUCGUUUUAUCCUAAAAGUUUUAUAUUGAUAGUGAAAUAGCAAAGUGAUUCUUCUUUGGGUUGUGGGAAAUACUUUGUAGUUAAGUAUUUGAUUUCAGCAAAAUGUGUAAAUGUAGCAUUGGCACUGUAUCUCAUAACAUAACCAUAAUAAAAUAUGUUUUAA